AUGAGGAAAUUGAUAGUUGUUCUUAUUGGAUUAAUUGUACUGGUCACUUUCGUUGGAUCUAAAAUUCACCAUCUUGCUUUAAGAAAUGAUGCACGCAGGAAUAUCUUACUGACAACAUUCGGAUAUAAUAAAGGUGGUACAUUUAUCUUAAAACUGUACAAUUUCACAGUUCCAGCAGAAUUGGUGUCACCUGAUGUGACACGUGAACAGCGUAAUACUGAUCGAUUCGGUGUUAUUGGUUUUACACUGUCACGAGGCAAGGACAUACUGAAUGGUGUUAGAUCGAAACCACAUGUAUGUCAAUUAUCACAAUUUGAUCAAGAUUUUGAUGCACUUUUCUUUGUCUUCAACUUUACCGAGAACAGUCUGAAAGUUAUACGUACAGGUUCAGCCUACGAUUUGCAACUGUGUAAAAAUUUAGAAAGUUGUCCAGAUAAAGUAGAACGAACAUCAUUAGAGGCAUCACCCAGGGAUGUCGAUAAGCCAUCUGUCAAAGGCUCGCCACAUACAUCUGGUUUUUUCGACAAAUUACACGACAUAUUAUUCCGAACGACUGCCACAAAAAUACCAUAUAAAGAUUAUCUUCCUUUAAACCUUUCUGGAGAUCAGUAUUCUACUUCGGUUGCACUAAAAUUCGAGGAAGGGCAACAAGGCCGUUAUAGUUUCAUUUACCACAACUGUUUCAAUUACCGAGCGCAUGGUUACAGUAACCAAGUUGCUGUGCAUUUUACCGUUGACAUAGUCGAACGUAAUCCAGGAUCAUAUCUUCCUGCUGGUGAUGUAGCAAAGCCAAAGUUGUACUUAUAUAUGGCAACAAUAUUUGCAGUUGCUGCAUGCGUAUGGAUACGUAAUAUCUGUCAUUCAAGUUCGGGUACGAUUUACAAAGUGCAUCAUUUAAUGACAGCAUUGGUUAUCCUAAAAUCGUUGUCUUUAUUUUUCCAUGGUAUCAACUACUAUUUCGUCUCAGUAUAUGGACAUCAACGCGAAAUUUGGGCUGUCAUUUAUUAUAUCACACAUCUAUUAAAAGGUGGUAUUUUAUUUGGAACAAUAAUUCUGAUUGGUACAGGUUAUACAUUUUUCAAGAAAUUUUUGACCGAUCGUGAUAGAAAAUUGUUUAUAAUUGUUUUACCACUUCAGGUGAUCGACAAUAUUGCAAUGAUUAUCAUUGAAGAAAGUGAAUUCGGAGAGCAGAGUUAUCAGUUCUGGUUACAAGUAUUUAUAUUUUUCGAUAUUGUCUGUUGUUUGGCAAUAAUUUUUCCAGUCGUAUGGUCGAUGCGUCAUUUGCAGGAAGGUGCUCGAAGCGAUGGAAAGGCAGCUUUUAAUUUAGAGAAAUUAAAAUUAUUCCGACAUUUCUAUUUGGUUAUUAUUGGUUAUAUAUACUUGACUCGUGUUAUUAGGUUCGUCAUUGAGGCUGUAGUACCGUUUAAUUAUGAUUGGGUAACUGAUUGUGUGGUUGAAUUCUCAACGCUCGUAUUUUUCUUAACUGCUGGCUAUCAGUUUAGGCCACAAGAAAAGAAUCCGUAUCUAAAAUUGGCUCAAGAUGAUGAUGAUGACGAAGCGUUAACAAAAAAUGGUAUUUUCGAAAACAUUUCACGUCUGAAACGAGUCUCUGUACAUGAUGGAACUCUAGGUGAUAUACCGGUUACAGUGGAUGUGAAUGAUGCGGAUUCGGAAGAUAGUGCUCCAGAAGAUAUAUUCCAGGAACGAGGGACGAAAUCAACCGCAAAGUCAUCAAUGCUUUAA